CGCUGCAGCCCGCGAAGCCUCCCGCCCGCCUGGGCUGGGGUCGCGCCGGCUCGGACUCCCCUCCCGCCCGCCCUGGCCAUGGAGGACGAGCGAAAGGACGGAGCCUACGGAACACCACAGAAGUAUGACCCCACCUUCAAAGGACCUAUUUACAACAGGGGCUGCACUGACAUCAUUUGCUGCGUGGCCCUCCUCCUGGCCAUUGUAGGCUAUGUGGCUGUGGGUAUCAUAGCCUGGACCCAUGGGGACCCUCGAAAGGUGAUCUACCCUACUGAUAGCCGAGGCGAGUUCUGCGGGCAGAAGGGCACGAAAAACGCGGACAAACCCUACCUAUUUUAUUUCAACAUUGUGAAGUGUGCCAGCCCCCUGGUCCUGCUGGAAUUCCAGUGUCCCACCCCACAGAUCUGCGUGGAGAAAUGCCCCGACCGCUACCUCACCUACCUGAACGCCCGUGCCUCCCCUGAUUUUGGGUACUACAAGCAGUUCUGUGUGCCUGGCUUCCAGAAUAACAAGGGUGUGGCCGAGGUGCUUCGGGAUGGUGACUGCCCUGCCGUCAUCACCCCCAGCAAGCCUCUGGCCCAACGAUGCUUCCCAGCCAUCCAUGCCCACAAGGGGGUGCUCAUGGUGGGCAAUGAGACGACCUACGAGGAUGGUCAUGGCCAUCGGAAAAACAUCACAGAUCUGGUGGAGGGCGCCAAGAAGGCCAAUGGGAUCCUGGAGGCACGGCAGCUGGCCAUGCGGAUCUUUGAGGAUUAUACUGUCUCCUGGUACUGGAUUGUCAUAGGCCUGGUCAUUGCCAUGGUAAUGAGCCUCCUGUUCAUCGUCCUGCUCCGCUUCCUGGCUGGCAUUAUGGUCUGGGUGAUGAUCAUCAUGGUGAUUCUGGUUCUGGGCUAUGGAAUAUUCCACUGCUACAUGGAGUACUCCCGACUGCGUGGUGAGGCUGGCUCUGAUGUCUCCCUCAUGGACCUCGGCUUCCAAACGGACUUCCGUGUGUAUCUGCACUUGCGGCAGACCUGGAUGGCCUUCAUGAUCAUUCUGAGCAUCCUUGAGGUCAUUAUCAUCUUGCUGCUCAUCUUUCUACGGAAGAGAAUUCUCAUCGCCAUCGCGCUCAUCAAGGAAGCCAGCAGGGCUGUGGGAUAUGUCAUGUGCUCCAUGCUGUUCCCACUGGUCACCUUCUUCCUGUUGUGUCUUUGCAUCGCCUACUGGGCCAGCACUGCCGUCUUCCUAUCUACUUCCAACGAAGCUGUCUACAAGAUCUUUAAUGACACUGCCUGCCCAGUUGCUGGGAGAACCUGCAACCCUGAGACUUUCCCCUCCUCUAAUGAAUCCCAGCUGUGCCCAGGUGCCCGCUGCCAGUUCGCCUUCUAUGGUGGUGAGUCUGGCUACCACCGGGCGCUGCUGGGCCUGCAGAUCUUCAAUGCCUUCAUGUUCUUCUGGCUGGCCAACUUCGUGCUGGCGCUGGGCCAGGUCACGCUGGCUGGGGCCUUCGCCUCCUACUAUUGGGCUCUGCGCAAGCCCGACGACCUGCCUGCCUUCCCGCUCUUCUCCGCCUUCGGCCGGGCGCUCCGGUACCACACAGGCUCGCUGGCCUUUGGGGCCCUCAUUCUAGCCAUUGUGCAGAUCAUCCGAGUGAUUCUUGAGUACUUGGACCACCGCCUGAAAGCUGCACAGAACAAGUUUGCCAAGUUCGUCAUGACCUGUCUCAAAUGCUGCUUCUGGUGCCUGGAGAAGUUCAUCAAAUUUCUCAACAGGAACGCCUACAUCAUGAUCGCCAUCUACGGCACCAACUUCUGCACCUCAGCCAGGAACGCCUUCUUCCUGCUCAUGAGAAACAUCAUCAGAGUGGCUGUCCUGGACAAAGUGACUGACUUUCUCUUCCUGUUGGGCAAACUUCUGGUCGUGGGUAGUGUGGGGAUCCUGGCCUUCUUCUUCUUCACCCACCGUAUCAGAAUCGUCCAGGACACAGCACCGCCCCUCAAUUAUUACUGGGUCCCUAUACUGACGGUGAUCGUCGGCUCGUACUUGAUUGCCCACGGCUUCUUCAGUGUCUAUGGGAUGUGUGUGGACACGCUGUUCCUCUGCUUCUUGGAGGACCUGGAGCGGAAUGAUGGCUCGGCCGAGAGGCCUUACUUCAUGUCUUCCAACCUCAAGAAGCUUUUGAACAAGACUAACAAGAAGUCGACAGAGUCGUAAAGGCCUCCACCCUCCCCCACCUCUCUGGAAGCCUCACACUGGGUGCUCUGCCCCUGGGUCACUACCCCCAGCCCCACUGGGCUUACCCGAGGGCCUAUCACUGCCCUCCCUCCACAUCCAGUUACCACCCCCAAAAAAAACCAAUUGCCGUUGAGUCGAUUCCAACUCAUAGCGACCCUAUAGGACAGAAUAGAAGUGGCCCAUAGGGUUUCCGAGGAGCAGAUGGUGGAUUUGAACUGCUGACCUUUUGGUUAGCCAGCUAUAGCUCUCAUCCAUUGCACCACCAGGGCUCCAGUUACCACCAGUUUCCGGAAACUUGGAGGAUUUGGAGUAUCUUCUCCUUAUGCCUAGGGGCAGUCAGUGUUUUUACAAAAGCCCCCUAGACUGAGAAAUGAGUCACUCCAGCCCCCACCGGCCCAGACAGGGAGCUGUCAGGUGGGGCCUCUCAGUGUCUAGGCUCUGAUGGGCCUGGCCUCAGGGGCUUGCACCUGCUUCCUCCCCAUCUUAUGGCCCAUGGUGGUGUCUCAGGAGUGGCAGGCUGCAGGGAGCUGGAGCUUUCUACUCCCUGGAUCUCUCCCCUAACCCUCUGGUCUGGCCAGGACCCAACCCCUUUCCUGUUGUGGAACAACUGGCUCAAGGGCCGCCAGAAGCAUUUCUUUAUGAUUUUUUCAACCUCGACAUACAUUAAAGGGUCUGUUAGUUGUUUUUUUUUUUGUCUCAACAGCUCAGACGGGGCCCCUGAGGAGUGCCUUCCUUUGUAUGCCUCUUAGUGGGUGUGGCUGGGGAGGGGAUGUACGUGUAAGAGGUGAGGUGUCUCUGGUGUGUGAGGCAGCAGCAGGGGCUGUGGUGAGGAGAGAAGACUUAGUGAGACUGUUGGGGGAGGGGCACCUGGACAGAGGCCUGUGUGGACAGACCGGAGCAGGCGGGGAGGAGGAGAAGGCUAAUGGCUUCUUAAUGGAAACCUGAUGGAUGGAGGAGCUGGGCCGAAUUUCUCCCCACGUCCUCUGCCAGUUACUGACACGGCUCUCUUUGUAAGAGAAAAAAGAAACUGAAAUCUACCCAAGGGGCGAUUUCGGGUGUGCCUUGGGAGAUCCUGGGCAAACCGGGCCCUCUGCCCAGUCACCUCACCUUGAGGAUCCUUUUGCCAAAUGUGUUGAACUCAGGGGACCUGGUUUCCCUGUUCCCCCUUUGCCAUUUCCCAAGAUUCCCCCAACUUCUCGUCUUGGCUCAUAAGCACUGUCCAUGGAUCCCAGAGGGAGAAUUCCCAGUCCGGGGUCUCCCGUUUCCUGUGCCUGUCCCAGCCCCCACUCACACCCCCCAUUCAGCCUGCACACCCCCGCGUGUAAUUGCAUUCCAACCACUAAUAAAGUGCCUA